CUUGAAUGCAACAAGAAGUAAAGUUCACUUUAAGUUGGAGGCUUGGAGCAUCGCCAUCCAUAACACAACACAAUCGACAAUCCUAAUGGUUCCGACAAAGCUCGACCUGAGUGUGAUCUCAUGAUGUUUCUGCUCUAACUAUGUUUGAUUUGGAUACCCAACAACAAAAAGAGUGUUGUCGUGUUGUUGUAGUUAAUAGUAAUAGGACUAAGUAAGAGUAGUGGAAAACAUGAACAACAGCAGUGGCGGAGGAGGACGAGGAACUUUGAUGGGUUUGAGUAAUGGGUAUUGUGGGAGGUCGCCAUUCACAGUGUCUCAGUGGCAGGAACUGGAGCACCAAGCUUUGAUCUUCAAGUACAUGCUUGCGGGUCUUCCUGUUCCUCUCGAUCUCGUGUUCCCCAUUCAGAACAGCUUCCACUCUACUAUCUCGCUCUCGCACGCUUUCUUUCACCAUCCCACGUUGAGUUACUGUUCCUUCUAUGGGAAGAAGGUGGACCCUGAGCCAGGACGAUGCAGGAGGACUGAUGGAAAAAAGUGGAGGUGCUCCAAGGAAGCAUACCCAGACUCCAAGUACUGCGAGCGCCACAUGCACCGUGGCCGCAACCGUUCAAGAAAGCCUGUGGAAUCACAAACUAUGACUCACUCAUCUUCAACUGUCACAUCACUCACUGUCACUGGGGGUAGUGGUGCCAGCAAAGGAACUGUAAAUUUCCAAAACCUUUCUACAAAUACCUUUGGUAAUCUCCAGGGUACCGAUUCUGGAACUGACCACACCAAUUAUCAUCUAGAUUCCAUUCCCUAUGCGAUUCCAAGUAAAGAAUACAGGUAUGUUCAAGGACUUAAAUCUGAGGGUGGUGAGCACUGCUUUUUUUCUGAAGCUUCUGGAAGCAACAAGGUUCUCCAAAUGGAGUCACAGCUGGAAAACACAUGGCCUUUGAUGUCAACCAGAGUUGCCUCUUUUUCUACGUCAAAAUCAAGUAAUGAUUCCCUGUUGCAUAGUGAUUAUCCCCGGCAUUCGUUUUUAUCUGGUGAAUAUGUGUCGGGAGAACACGUAAAGGAGGAGGGCCAGCCUCUUCGACCUUUUUUUAAUGAAUGGCCUAAAAGCAGGGAGUCAUGGUCUGGUCUAGAAGAUGAGAGAUCCAACCAAACAGCCUUCUCCACAACUCAACUCUCAAUAUCCAUUCCUAUGUCUUCCAAUUUCUCUGCAACGAGCUCUCAGUCCCCACAUGGUGAAGAUGAGAUUCAAUUUAGGUAAAGUUUCAGCUUCUAUGUAUGGAUUAGCUGAAUCUUGCAAUUAUAUUGUUGCGGAUAAUUAAGAGCAGUCCUUCGAGAUUUUCGGUGCAAUGUUAUGAAAGGAUCAAAUAAGUCUAGUAGUAUAUGUGUGGUCCAAAGGAAUCCCAUGUUCAAGUAUUUUCAUUCAAGCUGAGCUGUUGUACAACUUUAUGGAACCUCAGCCAUUUGUUAUAAGCAAGAUCAUAAUCAUAUUUGAUGAACCUUGGAACAUUCUUGGUUUUCUAUCUAAUGAAAACAUAAAUACUUCGUACUGAAUGAA